CAAAAUCAGCAUCCGGAGCUUAUUGAUAUUUUUACCGCUGUUUCUGCUUGAGUUUUGUAUAGGACACAUACUACGCUAUGCGUGAGAUCGUCACCCUCCAGCUGGGGAAUCUGAGCAACUACGUCGCCACACACUUUUGGAACACACAAGAAUCCUACUUCACUUAUGCAGAAGACGAAAAGUCGCUCGUGGACCACAACAUCCAUUGGAGAGCUGGCAUUGGCGAAGAUGGCUCCGACACGUUUCUGCCUCGGGCCGUGGUCUAUGAUUUGAAGGGCGCGUUUGGGCCUCUUCGAAAGGUCAAUCCCAUGUACGAUGUUGCGCCGGGCCAUGACGUUGCUCUAGCUUCACUAUGGCAUGGUCAACCGGCGGUUCAUAAGCAAAGCCCGCUGUCCUCAAUCGACUACCAGAAGGAUCUCGAUGCUGGCGUCAAGCCAGGCAAGCUCAAGGCCUCAGAUGUGCGGUACUGGUCCGACUAUUCGCGGGUCUACUAUCACCCCAAGUCGCUCGUGCAGCUCUAUGACUUUGAGUUGAACUCCAGCCUCAUGCCGUUUGAGCGCUUCGAAACGGGCACCGAGCUGUUCGAGUCGCUGGAGAAGGAAAACGAAAUGGUUGACCGAGACUGGCGGCCGUUUGUGGAGGAGUGCGACCAGAUGCAGGGCGUGCAGGUCUACACCACGUUGGACGACGCCUGGGGAGGGUUCGCCAGCUCGUAUCUCGAGAUGUUGCGGGAUGAGCAUCCCAAGACGUGUAUCUGGGUCUGGGGGCUGCAGAGUCCCGUGGCGACGAUUGCGAGGGAAAAGCGACGACUGCGGCUGGCCAACACGGCCAUGAGUCUCAACCAAGCCUGUGCCCAGGCCUCCAUGGUGGUGCCCCUGGCUGUGCCAGACACUCGUAUUCCGUCAGGCAUAACCGUGGACAGCAGUUCGGCGUGGAAUGUCUCUGCUCUUCUCGCCACAGCUACAGAGAGCGCCUCGCUGCAAUCUCGGUUGCGUCUCGAUGGGAGCUCGCAGCCUCUCGGCAUGGCUGAUAUGGCGCAGUGCUUGAAUGUCUCUGGCCGACAAACUCUGGCGAAUAUGCGCAUGGCUGUUGGGCCACAGGCCGAACUGGACGCAGAUGAGCCUCCAGAGCUGGGCUUGUCACAGAUUGGAAGUUCAAAAGACGGAAUCAAGAAGCCAGGCAGCAGUAAUCGGGCGUUUGGCCGGCUGUCAUGUCUUCGAGGAUCCGAUGACUCAAGCAAAGAAUCUGCUGAAUCUAAGACGAACCAGCGUCCCAUCAUCGGAAACACUGUUGUUCGAAACUACGAAACUUCUCUGCUCUACCCCCUUCUCGACAGUUUCCCCUCAAUAUACAACUACGACCUCCAAGGCCGCGAAAGCAUCCCGGUACGCACAUCGAUGGCCUCAGACGGCUCGAUCGUGUACAAGAUGAGGAACUUGCGCUCGCAAGUAGCCCCAUUCAUCUCACUAGAGGAACGAGAGAACUUGGUCAACGGCUUGGCGGAGCUCGAGGCUGCCUAUGAGGAUGACUGGUCGAGCGGCAGCGAUGAGGAUGACGACGACCUUUGAUGAAAUGGCCCUGGACUUAAGCUGUAAGUUUCACCUCACCACUUCGUUUUCACCUACUUCAAAACCAGGGAUGAGAUUCAUCUUGUAAAGGAGCGGGCACAAAGAAUGCGAGUCAUACAAAAUGGGCCCAUGCUAAAAGCACAUGGAUCGGACAAAGGAAGGACAGGAACGGAACAUGGCUAGCUGGGGUAGCUAGUACCUGUACUGUACUUUGUAAUUACCAAGGGAGCAUUGUCUCACAAAUAUCACCACCUCAAAGGCG